AUGGGAAAAGACAGCAGAAGAGAGCGAGAGACCAGUCGAAAUGACUCUGGAAUUGACGAAGAAAAGCAGAAGAACAGGGCAGAGAAGGAAAGCGAAGACGAUUCUUGGGGGGAUGAUGCUGGUGCUGCUGAUUAUGAACUGGCAUCAUCCUCCACAAUUGUUUGGAUGCCCCCCCCAGCAUCGCCUGGUCCAGCCCAGGUCUUCUUGUUCUGCCCACUCAUGCAAUAA